GCAAGUCCUGCGUCGUCCUGGGCCUCUCAGAGAUAGCUGCAUCUCCCGCCCAGGAGACUGCACUCCCGUCGUCACCAACUCGCUUCUUAGCUGCACCGGGCGCGGCGGCGGCGGACCGGGUGCCACGAUGGCCGCGAAUUACUCCAGUGUGGGCGGCAGAAGAGAGCACGUCAAAACUACGAGCAAGCCCCAGCCAGGCUUCCUGGAGCGGCUUAGCGAGACCUCGGGCGGAAUGUUGGUGGGUCUCAUGACGUUCCUGGCUUCCUUCUACAUCAUUUUCACCAAUGAGGGCUGCGCAUUGAGGACAGCGACUGCCCUGGCCGAGGGGCUUUCUCUUGUCGUCUCCCCGGACAGCAUCCACAGUGUGGCCCCCGAGAACGAGGGUCGGCUGGUGCACAUCACUGGGGCCCUGCGGACAUCCAAGCUAUUGUCUGAUCCAAACUACGGGGUGCACAUUCCAGCCGUGAAGCUGCGGCGGCAGGUGGAGAUGUACCAGUGGGUAGAAGCAGAAGAGUCCAGGGACUACAAUGAGGACGGGCAGGUGAAGACAGAGACGAGGUACUCCUACAAUUCUGAAUGGAGGUCGGAAAUUGUCAACAGUAGAAACUUUGACCGAGAAAUUGGCCACAAAAAUCCCAGCGCGAUGGCAGUGGAGUCAUUUACAGCCACAGCCCCAUUUGUCCAAAUUGGCAGGUUUUUCCUCUCAGCAGGUCUCAUUGACAAAGUCGAUAACUUCAAGCCCCUGAGCCUGUCCAAGCUGGAGGACCCCCACGUGGACAUCAUCCGCCGGGGAGACUUUUUCUACCACAGCGAGAACCCCAAGUAUCCAGAGGUGGGAGACCUGCGUGUUUCCUUCUCCUAUGCAGGACUGAGUGGGGACGACCCCGACCUGGGGCCUGCUCAUGUGGUCACUGUAGUUGCCCGGCAGCGAGGUGACCAGCUAGUCCCAUACUCCACCAAGUCUGGGAACACCUUGCUUCUCUUGCACCACGGGGACUUCUCAGCAGAGGAGGUGUUUCAGAGAGAACAGAAGAGCAACUCCAUGAAGACCUGGGGUCUGCGAGCCGCUGGCUGGAUGGCCAUGUUCAUGGGCCUCAACCUCAUGACCCGGAUCCUCUAUACGCUAGUGGACUGGUUUCCUGUCUUCCGAGACCUGGUCAACAUUGGUCUAAAAGCCUUCGCCUUCUGCGUGGCCACCUCGCUGACUUUGCUCACGGUUGCUGCUGGCUGGCUCUUCUACCGGCCCCUGUGGGCCCUCUUCAUCGGCUGCCUGGCAUUGGUGCCCAUCAUCAUCGCUCGGACACGGGUGCAGGCCAAAAAGCUGGAGUGAGACAGGCCCUGGCGUCUGCCUGAUCCAAGUCACCACCUCCUGAGUGUGAAUCGAUUGGGUUUCCCGUUCUCGCCACUCGGAGGAGCCUGACUGCCAUGUGCACUUGCCGGGGUUUGGUGUUCGUCAGCUAAUGCCUCCCCCACCUCUUCUAUUGCCAAUAUGAGCGGCUUUGGUGGACAGAGGCAGCUUACAACGGACAGUGUUACGCAUUCUCCUGUUUGUUCUCUUGUAACCUGGUGUAGCGGCUGAGGUAGCUUGUUCCACUUAGCUCAUCUGUAUAUAGAAGGUAACAAUGCAGUGACGCUCCACAGAGACUGCUGAUACAGGGGCGAAGCCUCAUCCUCACUGGUUCCCAUCCCUGAAGUGCCAGGACCCUGCCACAACCACCACACACAUUUAGGGCCCUAAAGGGCGCCGUUACUGCUAAACAGCAGCGGAUCACCUCUAGACCGAGCACGCGCCUGGCAAGCACCAAAACACAUGUUUGAGCAGAACACGAUAUGAUAGUUCACCACACUGAGGAUGUAGUCAUGAGGAAAAGUUGGGCAGCUAUUGGGCUUUAUACUUGGCUUAUGGUCUGGCAGAAUCUUUUUAUUGUAAAGGAUCUCCAGAAGUCCUGUUUAUAAAAUCAUCUUUGCUAUGAAUAACAGACUUCUUGUAUCCGUUCCUACCCCAGGAAGGAAUUUUUGAACAUACAAUUGAAAACACAACAAAAAACCUCCAGAGGUAGGAUGGUAAGUGGGACUAUGCCUAUGAAUAUAUAUAUAGGCUUGACAGGCUAUUCUGAAAAUGUGUUGCGAAUAUGAGGGUAAGCCAGAAAGUAUUGCUACAGAAUCAUAGGGCUUUUUAAAAUAAAACUACCAAAAUGGGAA